CGGAGCAUUUCGCCCCACAUGAAGCUGUGCCGCCACACUCUUUAGUACGCACAUUUCGGCCAUUGUAUAUUUGAGUUCUCCCACCAAGCCAACAAAUACCAGUUACUCGCGCACAACAGACGCGAAGACAACAAAUCGAACGAUCAACGCAAGUAAAACGAUUAAAUCGCUUGAGAUUAGUGGCAAACUAAAUAAAAUACCUGUUGAAAUUAAGAAACUAAUAUUAAAGUAUCGCUUGUGAGAGGUAAUUAAAGCGUUUUGAGGAUUAAGUGGACAACAUAUAGUAUUCAGCGGCUAGUGUAAAUUGGCAAAGACGACGGUACGCAAGGAAUUACAAGCGAGAUUGUGCAAAAUAAGUGAGAAAACUCAAAAAGUGUAGUGCUUCCAUCUACAAAUCACAAAUUUUCAUGACUAUCCGCAUACAGAAAGCGUCAUAAGAAAGUUUGGUGUGAAAAAAGAAGAGAGAAAAAAGUGAAGAGUUUGAAGACGAGAAAGCAUUUUCGAGCAGAAAAAAGUUGGUUUUUGAGCAGAGCGAAGGCGGUGCAAAGACCGAAGAGCAACAGUAAACAAUUAAAAUCAAUUAUCGUUACUUAAUUUGACUAGCACAAACACUACAAAUUUGCCCGCAUAAUGGUCAAGGCCGAGAGCAUAAAGUACGACGACAAUCAAGUGCCGUACAUCGAUUUGGGUACAGCAAUUAUACGUAUGGAGAAAGAAGAAGCACCAGAAUGGGCUUUGGAGAAAGCGCGUCAGGAAUUACGUGAAUUGCCGGAAAUAAUGGAACCUGCUAUUAAAAAGUUACGUGAGUUAAUUGAAGAGGAAAAACACUUAAAGCUGCCUUUGGAUGAUGAAUAUAUGAAAAUGUUCCUGCGUCCAUGCCAUUACUAUCCAGAGUCGGCGAUGAAAAGGCUCAAGAACUUCUAUCACAUGAAAUCGAAAUAUGGCGCUCCCUGUGAGAAUAUUGUGCCCAGUAAAUUGCGUAAUGUUUUCGAAGAGGACAUUUUGGCAUUGUUUCCCAACAGAGAUCAACAUGGACGUCGAAUUCUCGCCAUUGAAGCAGGAAAGAAAUGGAAACCCUCUCGUGCUCCACUGGUCGAUCUAUUCCGCACAAUACAACUAACAGUCUUGGGCUCCAUGGCUGAACCGCUUUCACAAAUCUGUGGCGCUAUAGUCAUUAUCGAUAUGGAAGGCCUACCCAUGAGCCAUGUUAUGCAGUUUACACCAUCUUUUGCUGCCAUGUUGCUGGACUAUGUGCAAGAAUGCAUUUGUAUGCGUCUCAAGGCGGUGCAUAUUGUAAAUAAUUCCUAUAUAUUCAAUAUGUUAUUUGCUAUCUUCAAGCCGUUCAUACGCGAAAAGCUAAGGAAGCGGAUUUUCUUCCAUGGUAAGGACUGGAAGUCGCUGACGUCGCAUGUCGAUAAGAAUGCGCUGCCUGUGAAAUACGGAGGCACCGGCACUUGGGAACUGCCAUCCGGCAAGCUAUUGGGUGAUUUCUUCGAAUGCUACUCAACUGAUUACGAAUUGGCGGACACUUAUGGAUUUACGGAAGAGUAUCAAAAGAAGAAAUAG